AUGUCGCAAAUUUAUUCCCAGGAAAUUCCCAGGAAAUUCCCGGAAAAAGCUGGCGAAGCUCGCGACAGUAAACGAUUUUUGCCGGGAAUACUUUUAGGAUUUUUUUCAUCAGAACACGGUAAAUAUUCUAAAAACAGAAGACGUUCUUUACCUAAAUCAUUAAUCCUAUUAUUAUAUAUUUCAUAUAUAUAUGGAAUAUUUUGA